UGCUACCCUAGCGUAUCUGUAUCGUAACUUAUGUCGAGCAUCUCGUAAGGGUGCCAAGGACAUGGGUGGAUGCUUGAUGUUGUUACAGAUAUGGUCAUGGGAGCACAUUCAUAUAGGGAGGCCCAUUAUUCGGACGGUUCGACCGGAUGGGCAACAUGAUCAGGAAGAUGACGCGGAUGAUUUUGAACCGAUAUUAGGGUCACAGCAUCGGCGCGGGAUGGAUCCUUUGGCAGUAAGCUGGCUUCGCGUAUAUCUUUCGAGAUCCCACUCCCCACAUACUCUCGUCUACUACAGGGACGCACUAGAUCGACAACGGGAUGAGCAGGAAUCAGCUCGCGAAAUCACAAAUCGGUUCACUCGGAUACGUAAGCAGCUUAGUAUACCUUUUGGAUACUAG